AAGACGGGUUUGUGGUCACCAGAGGCUCCGGAGGGAAGGCUCGCCACUCCCACUUCCCGCUUCCCCAUUGCCCACCCCCGUCCCAGCGGUUAGACGGAAAAGGGAGAUAUGCCAAGUAGUUGCCAGGCACUGUGCAGGCAGGCAAGGGACUCAAAAUACUGGGGCAAAGCGGUGGUACAAAGGCCUACUAGGGAGGACUGGAUCAGCUCAGUGCACUCACUGCAGAGGAGGAAGUGAGGCAGAGAAAGAGGUGGCAAGUGAAAGGUGUACAAUGAGGCACAGACGAGCAGCAGAGGAGCAGUGGCCCGUGGCCAGGACACUCAGAGACUUGGAGAACUCCGAGAACAGGCUGCAGAGAGCAAGGAUAAGCCGAAUGUGAGAGGCAGAAACAGCAAGAAAAUGGGGCAUCGAGGAAGACGGAGGUGAUAAGGUAAAAGAACCAGGACACACCUUAUGCUUAGAGGGUCAGGCCCCAGGUGCCAGAUCAGGUGUUCCACCGGGGAAGCUAAGGUGAUGAGCAGAAAGUGUCCAGGGGCCUGGUGUGAAAUUACAGGCGCUGGGAGACAAUGGCUGGGGUCAGAGAGGCACAGGGAACAGAGCCCAGUGAGUGCAAGCAGAGGCCAAUCUGCAGAGUUGGGAGCAGGCCGGGAAGUCCAGAGAGGGGAAAGCCAGGCAGAGACCCUCCCCUAGAAUUGAAGCUGUGGGCUCUACCAUGAGGGACAGGGGGAUAUUCGGGAAGGAGCUGGAAGCACGAGUUGGAACAGUGUAGGGAGUAGAGAAGGACCUUUUGCGUGAGUCUGGAGUAAGCAGGCCUGCAAGACACUGUGUCCAGGCAUUCUGUUGCCUCUAUUUCAAAGUAGCUCAGUAUAGCCACAUGGCUUUUUGGGUUGCCUGGCUUAGGAGGGAAAUCCCCGUGCAGACUCUUGCCUCCUGCCAUUCAGAGUCAGAUGAAGCCCCUUAGAGGGUUCUUUCUGGGACCCAGCCAACCCCAUUCAUUGCUUCCUUGGCCCCUUCCUGGUCCUAGGGCUGCAUGUUAGCCUGAUUGUGACAUGAGAGCAAGACUUAGCUCACAGAGCUCACUGCCAUUUCUUGCAAGGUUGCACCUACCUGCCCAGGCCCUGAGCCUGAAGCUAUCAGGGCCCUGGAGAGAAAAGCCACACAAAGACAGCAGGUGCUGACUCAGACUGUCAGGAUGCAGGGUGGAAAAGACUUUAGAGAAGGUCUGGAAUCGUCGUCUGACCACAUUGAAACUGGGGCCCAGUGAAGGUAGGAGAGGAGCCCCCAGUGCUGCAUCUGAACAUAGGUGGGCUGCAUGCUGCUGCUCACUCGGCGCUGUUCCUGGGACCCCAGCCUGCCAGAUCUACCUCACAACCUCCUAGGAGUAGGAGGUAUUUACUCUUGGGAGUCAUCCUACCGGGUUCUUCCAGCUGAGACUGCGACAGUGUGAAAAGGAAGCCCUCCUGGAUUUCCUGAGGGAGUACUGGUCCACUUUUUCUUCAGAUCUCCCCAUCAGUUUGACUCUCUCAAAGGUUAUAAUCUGCUUUGUUCCAUCCUCAACUGCAAGCACCAAGAGAGCAAGAUGCCUUUUUGAGAAACUGGAAUCUGGAAGAGUGGCCGAGUUAGUAAUGCCCAGAGCUGAGACCAGAAGCCAAGUUUGUAUUCCUUCUACUUCCCAUCCAAGGAAUACCAGAAAUUGGAAAAGUCACAUAAGCAACCUUAAAGCUGGGGCACCAUCCCAGAGCUCAGCAAGACCCUGGGAAAGGGACACAUAGGAUUUACAAUCCCUGAAUAACAGCCCUUGAAAAGGGAGGAGAUGGAGAACGGAGGAAUGCAAGUGCAGAAGGAGGAGCCAGAAGCCACUCACAAGGUGGAGUGCAGCUGAGCAGGCAGAGCUCCAUUCCUGUCAUGUCUCCUGCUUCUUCCCAGUCACCAAGGCCGAGCCUGGAGCUACCUCCUGCCAGAAAGACCAUAAGAGCUCCUGAGCCCAUGGCUGCCUAGCCUGGGACUCUGUCCACAGAGGAGCCCAGUCUUGAAGGCUGGUGGUACGAGCCUGUCCAAGAGACUGCAACAGAAGCUCCCCCACGAAAUUGAGAAGCCUGGGCCUGGGCUCGCCAUCCCAGGGUUGUGGACUAGGAUGGGGGAUGGGCCUGUGACAGGAGGUGCCCUGGGUGUCCUCUUUCGGCCCCAUGGAGUCCUCACCCAUCCCCCAGUCAUCAGGGAACUCUUCCACUUUGGGAAGGGUUCCUCAAACUCCAGGUCCCUCCACUGCCAGUGGGGUCCCGGAGGUGGGCCUGCGGGACAUAGCUUCAGAAUCUGUGGCCCUCUUCUUUAUGCUCCUGCUGGACUUGACUGCCGUGGCUGGCAAUUCUGCUGUGAUGGCUGUUAUCGCCAAGACGCCUGCCCUCCGAAAAUUUGUCUUUGUCUUCCACCUCUGCCUGGUGGACCUGCUGGCUGCCCUGACCCUCAUGCCUCUGGCCAUGCUCUCCAGCUCUGCCCUCUUUGACCAUGCCCUCUUUGGAGAGGUGGCCUGCCGCCUCUACUUGUUCCUGAGUGUGUGCUUUGUCAGCCUGGCCAUCCUCUCUGUGUCGGCCAUCAAUGUGGAGCGCUACUAUUACGUGGUCCACCCCAUGCGCUACGAGGUGCGCAUGACGCUGGGGCUGGUAGCCUCUGUGCUGGUGGGUGUGUGGGUGAAGGCCCUGGCCAUGGCUUCUGUGCCAGUGUUGGGAAGAGUGUCCUGGGAGGAAGGCGCUCCCAGUGUCCCCCCAGGCUGUUCACUCCAAUGGAGCCACAGUGCCUACUGCCAGCUUUUUGUGGUGGUCUUUGCCAUCCUUUACUUCUUGCUGCCCUUGCUCCUCAUCCUUGUGGUCUACUGCAGCAUGUUCCGAGUGGCUCGUGUUGCUGCCAUGCAGCAUGGGCCGCUGCCCACGUGGAUGGAGACGCCCCGGCAGCGCUCUGAGUCUCUCAGCAGCCGAUCCACUAUGGUCACCAGCUCCGGGGCCCCGCAGACCACGCCACACCGGACGUUUGGGGGAGGGAAGGCAGCAGUGAUCCUCUUGGCUGUGGGGGGACAGUUCCUGCUCUGUUGGUUGCCCUACUUCUCUUUCCAUCUCUACGUUGCCCUGAGUGCUCAGCCCAUUUCAACUGGGCAGGUGGAGAGUGUGGUGACGUGGAUUGGCUACUUUUGCUUCACUUCCAACCCCUUCUUCUAUGGAUGUCUCAACCGGCAGAUCCGGGGGGAGCUCAGCAAGCAGUUUGUCUGUUUCUUCAAGGCUGCUCCAGAGGAGGAGCUGAGGCUGCCUAGUAGGGAGGGCUCCAUUGAGGAGAACUUCCUGCAGUUCCUUCAGGGGACGGGCUGUGCUGCCGAGAACUGGGUUUCCAGGCCUCCACCCAGCCCUAAGCAGGAGCCACCUGCUGUUGACUUUCGAAUCCCAGGCCAGAUAGCUGAGGAGACCUCUGAGUUCCUGGAACAGCAGCUCACCAGUGACAUCAUCAUGUCGGACAGAUACCUCCGUCCUGGUCCCUCACCCCGACUGGAGUCAUGAUGGGCUGUUGGACACUUGAAGGGAGAUGGGUUUGAGGGCCAGUUAUGAUCACAAGGAGCACCUUGUGGGACCACUUUUUCCAGCUGACUGGGUCUGGGUCUGGGGUCUCCGCACAUAGCUUUUGCUUAGCAUUUCCUGGGUCAGGACCAGAGCCAACAGGAUGGACAUGUGGCAAAAGCUUUAGACUUGGCUGAUCUUUGAUUACUGGGGGAGGGAACCUGGGUAUGAUGAGACGGUGCCGAGAGGAAAGGGUCACAAAGGUGAGGUGAAGCUAUUAAUCGGUGAAAUUUCCAUGCCUCAGGAAACAGGGAAAGGAUAGGAACUGGAGGAUUAGGGCAGCAGGCCAGGUUUGGAGUUAUUCUGGGGACCACUGAGGACGUUUUGUUUUUCAGUGUAAAUUGUUCAGGGCAAUAACUGUACCCAAGCACGGUAAGAAAAUGACCUGUGUCUUCUUAUUUCCUUAUUAGGUUUAAAAAGAAUGAAAUUUCAGCCAGGUGUUUCCCUAUGAGUUAGUAGAUCUUUUUCUAGUUUUAUACCCAAAAUGCCCUUAAAUGGAGAGGACCAGCAGGUGUACUCUUCCUAGGUUUGGCCAGAAGCAAGGGGAACUAGUAAUUAGCGUACAUGUACUAGAAGACAGGAAAGGUGACUGAAAUUCUCUGUCACACACAAUCUUCAGGAAAAGCUUCUCUCUUCUGUCUCUUUUCUGCAUGCAGGAAAUCAAGUGUGGAGCUUUAUCUCAGCAGAGACAAGACAGGAUGGCCCUUUCUUCCUGUCUUUUAGGAUGAAUAACUAGAACAAAUGGGGGUUGGAUAGCUGAGGGGGAGGGUUAGCAUUUGCAUUGGUAAGGUGGCUUGAUAAAAGGGACCACAUAAAUCGCCCUGAUCGA